AUGCCUUCUGUCCAUGACGAGGGGGCUGAAUGGCGCGCCCAAGGCCGUUAUGCCCUAUCGGACUACCUUUACAUCCGACCCUACGAUGUCAAUAAUCUCGAGGAGUUUUUGGACGGCCUCGAAAGGCGAUAUGAUGUCGUUCGGGCAUUAGCAGGCGAGCAGAACGACACCGUUCGGAUAUGGCACUGCUUGAACAUGCUGGAGGACGCAGAUCCGCACUGGGAGAACCGGCUGCAUGCUUUCAGGUCCAAGCGUAUGCCCAAAACGAAGAAGAAGAAGAAGAAGCUUGAGAAAAUCGAGUGGGAGUUGAUCCAAAAUUGGGAUGAUUUUGUGCGGCUGAUGAUAUACAGGGGCGGCAAGAUGCAGUUUCGGCCGCCUGCUGACGACGAGGAAGUAGGACUGAAUGCGACAGCAAGGACGGAGCAUUCGGGGAAUAACUCGGCUGUGAAUCCAACACCCGUUGACAAGCAACCUCUCGACAAGCAAGUUGUCGAAAAGCAACUACCUCUCAGGUUAGCUGCAGAAGCGGCAAAACCACUUGUUGCGGAAAAUAACACGGCCGAAACGGCCGAUGCGCUCGGCAACUAUCGCAACCCCAUGUCCAAAGCAUCUGCAGAGGCCAAAGGCACAACAACCAAGGAUAAACCAGACUUGAUCGAAGCAUCAAAACUCGACAGCCAACAGACAGUUGGCGACACUGCGAAGCAAGGCCGUUCUGUCGGAAAAGAAGACACACUUAGGACCAGCGUCACACAGCCCUAUGAGACGACCGCCACGAGCUACAAACUUGAAGGAGACGACGAAGACUACGACGACUGCGGUGACCACGAUGGGCCAGACAGCGGCUAUGCUGACGACGUGAACUACGAAGAUGUUGAUGUCGACGAGCCCGGCGACAGAAAUGAGGAGGACAUUGUACUCAUCAACGGUGAGAUCCGGUACCAGAUCCCAGGUUAUGCAUUACGCAAAAAGCCACGACACACUCUCAUUUCCGCGCCUCGCUUUGUCAUAAAGAGUUUCUUCCGCUCAAAGUUCCCCGGCUGUCCUCGGUGUCCCGAGUGCCGUUGUCAGCACCCUACCAAACACUAUAUGCUCUGCUCGUUCUGCGACUUUUGCCACGUGGGAGGCGACGCGGAAUGUUACCAUCAGCACCCCGAGCUGCGUGGCACACGGCCUGCCAAGGACAAGUACCGGCAGGCCUCGUCACCAGUGUCCGACACCGAGCCCCAGAAUGAGCCAUUUUCGGAGUCUGAUGUGGACACCGUCAAAGGCGUCAAUGACAGCUAUAAACAAAUCCGUUCGGCGGACAGCAUGGAAGAUUUGGCCUGCAGUCUGGAUGCCUAUGUCAUUAUUGAGAAGGACACAGUUCAUCAAGACAGUGCCAACAAACAGUUUGUGUUCACAGACGGAGCUGCAACCUCGACAAGUGGGAAGCCGUCUGCCACUGCCAAAGUCAACUAUACUGUCGACCUGCCUGUCCGAACGAAAACAAACGAGGGACACAACAUUGCACUGGGCAUAGCCAAGCCACCAGCAACGAAGCAAGCUGGCCAGGCAGUACAGAGCCAAGAUGCGACAAACGAUAUUUCCCAGCGGACAAAGAGACUGGAAACAGCAUCGACAUCGGUGCCGGAGUCAGCUUUUCUGCCGACACCAGUGUCCGCCAUGACGGCCCCAGUCGCAGUUGAGCAAGCGCCUGCGCCAGCGUUGCCCGCGCCUAAGACAGCUGCCCCCACAACGAGUAAUGGCGAUGAAGGCGGGGCCCGUCUCAAUCCAGAGAACCUGUCACGGGUACCUCACGACCAAACACACCGUCGGUGGGCCUCUAUGUCGUCCUUGACUACGUCGUCUUCCGGGACCUCGUUGGUUGCUUUCCGGCGCCACCGAACCGACCAAGCCAAGAAGAAGGCUGCUGUAAGCAAGGCUGCUGCAAAGGAGGCAGCAGCCGCAAAAGCCAUUGUGGCAAAUCUCGUAACAAAGACAGCCGCUGUAAAUAAGGCCGUCGCUGAGAACCGUAUAGCCACAGACACAUUGCUGUUUGACUCGGACGCUUGGAGGACGAAUGGAGGACUGCCAGUGCAAGAUAACACUGCACGGCUUGCCCUGCUCGUGCCUGAACAACGGAAACAAGAGGCAGAAUUUGCAGCACGAAUCGCCGAGAGACAGUUACGAAACGCGCAACACAAGGCGACUGACGAAGCGCAGCGUCUGGCCCGAGAAGAACAGCGCAUCAUCAACAAAAAAACCAAGGCCGCUCAAAAGCGAGAGCGGCAGCGGGAGCAGAGGCGAGAGAGACAGGAGGAAAAACAGAGGGAACAGAAAAUGAUUGGAAAUGGAACAACAGGAGCAGGAACAGGAACAGAGCGAUCUUAG